GAGCCUCAUUUCCUGUACGUGUUACGUAGGCUGCUGUUAGCUUGGUAGCUGGUGUGCUAACAAGAAAGAAGAUGGAUUCUCCCAUGCUGGAACCAUCCUUGUACACUGUCAAAGCAGUUCUAAUUCUGGACAACGAUGGAGACAGGCUUUAUGCCAAGUAUUAUGAUGACACAUACCCGACAGUGAAGGAGCAGAAGGCGUUUGAGAAGAACAUAUUCAACAAAACACACAGGACAGACAGCGAGAUAGCAUUACUUGAGGGCCUCACUGUUGUCUACAAGAGCAACAUUGACCUCUUCUUCUAUGUGAUUGGAAGUUCACAUGAAAAUGAGCUCAUGCUUAUGGCAGUUCUAAAUUGCCUAUUUGAUUCGCUGAGUCAGAUGUUGAGGAAAAAUGUUGAGAGGAGAGCUUUGCUGGAGAAUAUGGAGGGACUCUUCUUGGCUGUGGAUGAAAUUGUAGAUGGGGGGGUGAUUUUAGAGAGUGACCCACAACAAGUUGUGCACCGUGUGGCUCUUAGAGGUGAUGAUGUGCCUUUGACCGAGCAGACAGUCACCCAGGUGCUUCAGUCUGCCAAAGAACAGAUCAAGUGGUCGCUUCUACGAUAGAGUCAUGCCUGCACCAGUCUACCAGUGAGCCGCUGUUCAGCCCAGACUUAAUGGCACUGAUCCUCAUUUUCCUUUUCCUCUGAUUUCCACUCCUUCAAUCAAUGCUGUGAGGAGCACCAGUGACAGAUCCAGUCACACUCCCAGGAUGACUGCUUGACAAAAUUUCAUUUUCCUUUUAUUUUUUUGCCUUUUUUGUUGGCGCGGGCUUGCAUUGUACUCGACACAAGGAUAAGAUAUGGUGUACAUUCCAGUAACGGCUGGCCUGUUUUGUUUUGUUGGUUUGUUAUUUUUUCAUCAAGGACCUUGGGUGUUUAUUAAAGCAGUGUAUCUAUCUACAGAUGUAAAACGCUGAUGAACACCACCAUAGCCUGUGAUAACAUUCCAUGUGUCUCCUACAACAAGAAUUCUAUCCUUAAGGACACCAUCCUGUCACCUCCAGAUUACUGUUGAAAGAAUAGAGCCACUCUCUGUGUUCUUUAUUUUACAUUGAUGUUGUGAAUUAAAAAUUGUACACCUAGUACUGUAGUCAUACCUCUUAAUACAGCUGUAUGUUUUACAUAUAUUUUUUCUGGGGGUUUUCCAUCAUCAGAUACAUUUAAUAAACGUUUGUUGACACUG